CGACACCAUACGAUUGACCUGGGUACUGCACCAAAGAUGGCCGCCGACAGCUGUUCCGUCUAGUAACCCCACUCCACCGGGAGACCAGGUGCCGUUUCUAGGAUGUCAUCGAUCCAUUCUGUCAACCGCCAUGCAUGUGUUAAGCCUAAGCCGGCCGGCAUAAUUGCCUGACAUAUACAUACCGCCUAUCUUUAUAGCUAUCGUAAGCUUUCAGCGCUGGAAAACUCAUCUGCAACAAUCUACACAACUAGUGUCCACCAAGUUAUAGCGUCAUGGCUGUGGAGCUUUUUCAUUGGCUAAUCGUCGCCGGCGCCUUCGUCGUCUCGUUCCCAAUCUUCACCAUCCUCACGCCUGCGCUCUUCAGGCGACUCGUUCCCGGGUUCGAUCAACUUACACCAAGAAAAGACUUUCUCAUUAAAGAUGCAGUGCUGUCCAUCUGUCACGUGUUUGUCAUGGCAACGCUGGCCUGGUACACCUGCCUCUACACCGACCAAGUACCUCAUGACGUCAUCUGGCACGAGUCUCCGCUGGUGAAGAUUAUGAACUCACUUAUGGUUGGAUACUGCGCUGCGGCCUGUCUGCUGAUGGUGUGGUAUCGAGUAGUGGACCAGGCGAGCUUCCUUCACCACGUAGUGUCAACAUACACAGCCUACAUAUCACUGACAUACCCAUGUCUACAUUACUACGCCAACAUCUGCUACAUGAUGGAAAUAUCGGGACCUUUCGUCAACACUCGAAUGAUUCUCAAACAGCUAGGCGAUCAGAGUUCUCCUCUUUUUAUUUGCAACGGACUCGCUAUGGUUGUGACAUUUUUCUUCGGACGCGUCUUGUCCACCAUAGUCGCCACUUACAACCUCGUCAGGCUCAUGGUGAUCGACUCCCAGCAGUUCUUUCAACUUCCGGUACCCGUCCUGCUUUGCUACGUGGGCGGAUGUGCCCUCUUCAACACCCUCAACUACUACUGGUUUUUCAAAAUCUUGCGCGGUUUCGUCUCGUUUUUCCAGAAACGGCAAUGAAAUGUUGACUUUUCUUCAACAAUGAGGACCAAACUGAAUAACAGUCAACCACCAACGAGGUUUUCCCAUGGAAUAACUGACCUAAUGAUACGCAAUAAGAAGUUAUUUGCAAAGGUGUAAAAUUAUCUUUGUACAUAUUCGUUUUUUUUUUAAUUUUUAUUACACUCUUUCAAACUACUGUGCAAUAAGUGGACCGUAAUAUGAAUUUUAUUAUGAACAUUUAAUAAUAUCAAGGUAAAGAUCAUUCAUGAUUAGCAUAUGAUAAAUAUCAUAUCCAGUAUUAUAACUGAAAAGCCUAGUAUUUAUCAGUAUUAUACGCUGAUUGUAGUCUUUUACAAUCAGAAGCCCAAAUGUUAUGAAUGAUAGCGUAUUGUAUGUAUAGAUUGCACGAGUACAUAUAUAUAGAUGAAACAGUUAACUUUACGGGCCAUUGUCCAGUCACGAAAAUGCAAAUGUAGGUCAUUUGCAUUGUCGUGACUGGGCAAAUACGUUCGUUUCUGAUGAAACCAUAUACAUGCACUAGAAUGUAUCUUUUACCAAUUCCGUAAUGAUUCACCAAUUGUGAAUACACCCUAUAGGAACGCAAUAUAGAAUGUAUGUAGAAAAGGCUCCCCAAAAGAAAGAGACGUUUUGAAAGCUUGUCACCGAAACUCUUUUAAGAAAAACGCCCUUGAAAAAUUCGAUCAGGAUUUCUUUAUAAUAUACAACAACAGCCAUAUCCUGUCAGCUUUCAGUGUCGCUUUGAAAUGGGAACUAAAGCUAAGAAACAUUGGAGAACCAUGCAUUUUAAGGAACACUAUUAAUAUGUAUUGGCAACUGUCAUAAAAAAACUGAACAUACCUCAAACACUUUCAAAUUGCCUAUUCAGCUUCACCGUUAGGUGGUGCUAAUUUAGUUCAACUAUACUGUUUGCAUUAUGAACAGGUAUAUAGUAUUUUAUGGCAAUUUUUCUGUCGUCUCAAUCAUAAACUGUUGCACGAGUUGACGUAUACCUCUGGGGUUCUUAUAUUUAGGCCGGAGCGACUUUACAACGUACUGAUGUUGUACAA